CCCUCCCUCCACUGCAACAACACGGCGUCCACAAAAGCCCUCUUCUCUUGUCGUCCAUCCACACCCUCUGCAACCAUGUCUCUCGAAACUGAUAUCCGCCGUGACACCAACCCUACGCCCACACGGUUCCUCCUGGAGUGUGGGGCCUUUACCCCGGGAUUCGGCCUCAGCCUCGACAACUACAACCCGUUCGACGCCAGCCUCAAGUUCCUCAACACUGGAACGCCAAAAGCUGAGCUCAACCCCUUCGACUCCUCCUUCAAAGCCCCGUCCUCAGCCGUCGCGGUCAUCAACAGCUCCAACUCCAAUUCCGACUCCAGCCCCAGCUCCGCCCAGGUCUCCCAAAACAACCAGCAGGGAAAUGAAAAGCAGCGCAAUUUCGACCGCCAUCCCUGGGCCGACAUCAUGUUUGACGAGACCUACAUGCCUAUGCCGCCACAGAUGUCCCCGGGUCUCUCUCCCUCGUCAUCUUCGAGCGCGUCUCCCUCGCCACCAAUUCGCUCUCCUCCUCCCCAGACUAUCUCUUUGAACCAGUUCCAUCCUUCCAUGGCCACUGAUGCGCACACUACCCGCACACAUGCCUACGACCACAGCCUCGUCUUUGAAAACCGCGCUGAUGCCAAGGAACUGAGCCACAACAAGCCCAGCCACGCACAGUUCCCGCGCGAGACUCUUGCUCCCAGCGAAAUCCAUAACACACAUCCUGUCAAGGCUGCUCGUGAUGUUGAACAUCAUCCCGACAACAGCCGUAUGGACCUUGAUGACGAUGAGGACGAAGAGGACGAUCGUGAGGAAAGACACGAGACUGAAGAGUAUGAUUCAGACGUCGACCAAGAUCCCAGCGACCAAUACAACGAUAGCGGUGUGGAUUCUGCCAUGUCAGCACUUGCUAUGCGCCGAUUCUCGACCAUGAGCGACGUCCAAUCAAAUGCCGCCUUCGACAAUGAUUCCCACACCUCAACCAAAGCUUCCAAGGCAACGGGCAAGGCUGCAAAGGCUGCCAAGUCAUCAAAGAAGGCUGCCGCCGCCAUGAACGCUGCUAUUGCUGCCGGCGCUCGUAAGACGAAAGGAGCAGUAUCCAAGUCCUCCUCCCGCAAGCGCUCAUCCGAAGACGACUCGCCAGAGGCGAAGCGCCAGAAGUUUUUGGAGCGCAACCGCAUGGCUGCCUCCAAGUGCCGCGAAAAGAAGAGGUUACAGACACUCAAGACCAUCUCGGACGCAGACGAGAUUACUGCGAGGAACCAGGCCCUGCAUGAGACACUUGAUCAGCUGCAGGAGGAGGUCCGCCGGCUCAAGAACCAGAUUCUUGGACAUCGCGAUUGCGGGUGUGAUGUGAUCCAGAAGUUCGUGAAGACCAGCUUUGGCUAUAACGCACCAUCGGCCUCAACAUACGCUGUACCACCAAUGCAGCCUCACUAUUGAUUAACGACCACGAACCACGAACCACGACCAUCACAGCAUACCUUUUCCGCGCACGCAUCCACUUCAACCAUUUGACGUACUUCUCGGGUGCACGCUUUAUUCAGCAUUAAUGGCAUCUUCCCUUUAGUUAUGUCCACAUUGUAUUAUAGUCUUUUCUGUGGAUCAUUGUUCCCACUUGUUUUCUUGCAUUUGUUUCGCAAAACCAUCCUUGGGCCUUUUUUUCAUUUCUCUUGCAUUGUAAAUAUCAAACGAAACACAGGUCCAUAAUAAAAAAAUUCAAAAGAGAAAAAACGUCUGCUUGCGAUUG